AUGCUCCCUUCUUUCAGCUUCAAGAGUGAGGACGCCUCCAAGGCCUCUUCCAACAAGCGCACUCCUUUCUCUCCUAUUGGCAGCACUUCUGGUUCCCGUCUGGCUCAGAGGCAAUCAUCCAGCGCUGCCGAACAGAAGGCUCGUCCUCAAGCCUGGGUUGACACGCCUCAGCUCAUCUACUCUGAGUGGAACAAGGCAGCCGGCGACAUCAACCAGCCUCUUGGCAGCCUACCCUCCAACUUCUCGAUUGGUCUUGUCGGAGCCGGAAUCACCAAUGUGGUUCUGGCCUUCAACCUGGCCAAGGCCGGCGCAAAUGUCACUCUGAUUGAGGCGACUGACAGCGUCGGAGGCCGACUUCGGUCCCUUCCCACGGCUGACGGCGUCAACGUGGCGGAGAUGGGCGCUAUGCGCUUCCCUCCCUCGGAAGACCUUCUUUACUACUACGCCAAUGAGUUCAACUACACUUUCAUUCAGAACUUUCCCGACCCCGGCAAGGUCCCUACCAUCGUCUACUACCAGGAAAAGGCUACUUCUUGGACCGACUCUAACACUGCUCCCACCGGCUUUGAGAAGGUCAACAAUGGCUGGGUUCAGCUUAUCUCAAAGGGCUUGACCGGCGGCAGCAGCACCUUGGCCGCUGGCAGUCAGAUUACGACCUGGCUCAGUUCCAAUGACACUGCCACUCGUAACCUUGCUGUUCCUGAGUGGCAAAAGUACUUGGACACCUUCGGCGACGACAGCUUCUACACUGGACUCCGUCGCAUUUUCGGCGAGGGCCACGAGUGGGACGUUCCGGGGGGUGAAGUCUGGACCGAAGAUGACUUCCAGCGCUUCGGCACUCUUGGAAUCGGCUCUGGCGGCUUUGGCGCUGUCUACUCUGCGGGCUUCAACUCCGUUUUCCGCCUGGUUGUCAACGGCCUCGAGUCGGACCAAGCUGUCUUUGCCAAGGUCACCGACUCCGGUCUGCAGCCUGCCGGCAUCCGUGAUCUUGCCCAGACAAUCUGGGACAAGGCGACUGAGCUCGGUGUCAAGACCAAAUUUUCGACUGUCGCCGAGGUUACCAGCGGCGGCGGCGAUGCUCUCGGAGGCCUUGCCGUUGGUGUGAGAGAGACUUCUGGAGGUGUUUCCACCAACGUCGAGUACGACCUUGUCGUUGUUGGAACUAGCAACCGCGCCAUGAACUACGCCUUUACUCCGGUCUCGGAGACCACUGAGGACCCGAUCAUGCCUUUGGAAGUUCAGAGAGCCAUUAAUGAUCUCCACAUGACCGCCUCAUCCAAGCUGUUCAUCCGCACCAAGAAGUUCUGGGAAACUCAGGGGGCUGGUUUCCCUCGUGUCAUUCUUUCGGACACGAACCUGCCGCAGACCUACACUUUGGACUAUGGACACCCCGACUACGGCAUGGUCCUCGUCACCUACGCCUGGGAGGACCUUUCUCUGCAGAUGACGGCUAUCUCGGAUCCCAAGGAGCUUCUCACUGAACUCAAGACCCAGAUUGACAGAAUCAUGCAAGAGUCUGACUUCCCUGAGUAUGCCAGCCUCCUUGAGCCCGUCACUGAUGACGAUAUUUACCUUAUUCACUGGCCUCUUGACCGCUACUCGUACGGUGCCUUCUCUCUGGGAUUCCCGGGCCAGGAUGUUAGCAUUGAGUCUCUCUUCUAUGAUUGGGAGAGAAUCAACCAGACCCAGACUUCGCGGGUCCUGAUCAACAGUGACUGCACUUCAUUCCUUGGUGGAUGGGUAGACGGUGGCCUCCAGCCGGCUCACAACACUCUUUCGGCAGUCUUGGAAAAGUUCGGAACAUUGAACUCGGCGGCGGCUCAUUUGGCACCUUCUGCUCUUCUUGGGUCUGGCUUGUACCAGUACUAG